AUGUUUGCUGCCAAGGCUGGUGCCAAGCACGUGUACGGCGUCGAUUGUCCGGGUAUCCUGACGCAGGCGCGCAAGAUUGUCAAGGCCAAUGGCUUCGCAGACACGAUCACGCUCAUUCAAGGCAAAAUGGAGGAGCUCACGUUACUUGUGGACAAGGUGGACAUCAUCAUUUCCGAGUGGAUGGGCUACUUUUUACUCUAUGAGUCCAUGUUGGACACGGUGCUCUAUGCCCGUGACAAAUAA